AUGCUCUCCCCACGCAACCUGCUCCCCCUCCUCGCCGUCGCGUCCGUCUCGUUCUUUUCGUUCCUGUUCUACAGCACCAAUGUGCGGGAAUCGUGGAGGGGUUUGCCGCAGAAGAUCGGGCUGGGAGAGGCGGUAGCAGAGCCGCCGUCGUCAUCAUCGGCACCGUCCGCCGCCGCCGCCACCGCCGGCGGGGGAAGCGCGAACAGCGCAUCAUCCGGGGGAUCGUCGCCGAGCGAGCCCGCCCAAGCCGCAGGUCCCGCAAAGCCCAAGCAGACGUGGAGCUCGAUUCCGAAGUUCGAACCGGGUGUCGGCAUGCCGGCCGACUACAACUUCAGCACGGUGCUGGUGAUUCCGCGGACGAGCACCGAGGACGUGGGCUGGAUCGACGAGCACCUGCCCGACUACCAGACGGCGAUAUACGUCGCCGACGACAACAGCGCGCCGCUGCACCCGCCGAAGAACAAGGGACACGAGGUGAUGAUCUACCUGACGUGGGUCAUUGACAAUUACGCGGACCUGCCGGAUGUUGCGGUGUUUAUGCAUGCGCAUCGCUAUGCCUGGCACAACAGCGACAUGUUGGACUUGGAUGCCGUCGAGAUGAUCAAGCGGCUGAAUCCCAACCGCGUGCUGCGGGAAGGGUACAUGAACCUGCGCUGUCAUUGGGACCCGGGUUGCCCUGAUUGGAUGCACCCGGGCGAAGUGGAGGACGACGUCCAGAAGCACGAACAGAAGCUCCUCGCCAAGGCUUGGAGCGAGAUCUUCCCCCUGGACCCGAUCCCAGAGGUGUUGGCGCAGCCCUGCUGCGCGCAGUUCGCCCUCAGCCGCGACCGCAUCCGUUCGAUCCCGCUGCAGCGCUUCGUCGCGUACCGCGACUGGCUGCUGCGCACGCCGCUGUCGGACGCGCUGUCGGGCCGCAUAUGGGAGUACAUCUGGCAGUACGUCUUCACCGGGCGCAACGUCUACUGCCCGAUCCAGCACGUCUGCUACUGCGACGGCUUCGGCGUGUGCUUCGGCGACGAGGAAAAGUACAAGGACUGGACGAAUCUGCGCUUCGAGCAGAUUGGCUACGAGUACGAGCUGAGGGACUGGCACGACAAGGAGAAGCUCGUGGAGCAGUCGAUGGAGGACGGCAAUUUCGACGAGCUGGCCGAGAUUGACGUGCCCGAGGUCGGGCGGGACGUGUGGCUGGAAGAGGAGAUUGAGCGCAUCAGGCAAGACUUGAGAGAGAGGCGGGAUGCGGCGAUAGAGCGAGGCAACGACCCUCGAAUCAGAGCGCUGGACAGCGGGAGGGAGUGGAAGGAAGGAGAUUGGUUUUGA